AUGGAAAGAGAUUUAUUUGUUCCAAAAAAAUCUUUAAGCCAACAGUUUUCACAUUCUUUAAAUAUUUACAAGACAUUUUAAGAUUUAAAUAAAGAUCAAGAUGAUUUAUUGGUAGAAGAUGUAGAUUACCUAAUUUAGGAGAAGUGUUGCUCAUAGAAUUUAAUAGAAGAGAAUAAUAAUGAAACAACAACUAUGAAUAGUAGCAGCAAUUAGAAUAACAUUAUUAAAAUUUUUUUCUCAAAAUCUCAAAAAAAAUAAAAAAAGUAAUUUCUACAAUAAUUUUCAAACAAUAAUUCUAGCGAAUCUAUAAAAAAAGAAAAUAUUGUAUUCUAGUAGCUUAUUAAGGAUUCUGAUAGUUAAUACUUAACAAUGAGUUAAGAGUUUGAUGAAAAUAUAAAUGAUUAAGAGAACCAAAUAGAAUUAGAACUCCAAAUCUAAAAUAGCAUAAAUUAUUAGUCUGAUCCUAUUCUUGUGAUUGAUGAUAGCAAUUAACCUCUCUCCUAACAUAAUGUACUUGUAAAUAGAGAAUAAUUAAAUUUAAAGAGACCCUUUUUUAAGCUAGAAAAAGAAAAUCAAUUUAUAAACACUCUGAAUUUACCAAAAUCUUAAAAUAAAAUAGUAAAAAAGGAUAUAGUUAGUAAAGAAAUUUUAGAAGAAAAAAAAGUAAACCCUAAUUAUAAAAGGAAUAUAUAAUCAAUACAAUACAAAUAUACUUAAUUCUAAAAAAAGCAGCUAAAAAUAUCAGAAAAGUAGAAUGUAAAAUCAUAAAGAGUCUAAAAUGAAUGUUUAAAAUUAUCGUAAAACCAUUUUAAUAUAAGAAAUAUAAAUGAUAUAGAAAUCUAAUAAUGA